AAUACCCUUCAAUAAUGGAUAAUCAAGAAAGUGUAUACCAACAACUGACUUCGUUACAACAAGACAUGAAGCAGUUCCAUAUCUCCAGUAUAAAGAAGGCUCAAUGGGAGAAACAACAGCUUGAUAGUCUUCUCUAUGACACGGAUAAGUCAGAUGGAAUAGUUAAGAUGUUCACCUCAUAUUUAAGAGAAAGCUCUGAAUUUCAGACAAUGCUCGUGGGCUCAGCCAUACAAAAAGUGUUAGUAACCGAAAAAGAAGUGGAGCAAAGAUUUAGCUCAAAUUAUGUUUCUCAUUUAAAAUAGCAUUCUUCAUAAUUUCCUCACUGAUAAGGAAGUCUUUAAGUAUGUUAUCAAUGAUGCUAUCUCUAACUGGCAAACUUUCGAUCAAAAAUCUCUAGCAGAGUUUCUUGUCUUCGAUAUUUUCAAAGAAUUUGACUUCAAGCCAAUGUCUGAAAGCAGAGAUAAACUCUUCAACAAAUAUGAGAAGUUAAAAAUAAUCGUUCAUUAUGACAUCCAGAACUUGAUCGAGAAAGAUCUUAUUGGUCAGCAUGCCAAUAAGAGCUUCACAUCUUACAUGCUGAACUGACUAAUCAACAAGCCUGAGACCCGAAAAGAUGUCAUAAAGGCCCUAGGAGAAUUUUACGAUGAAAUUGACUUUGACAUUCUUGAGAAAAUGGAAUUUGAAGUCAACCAUUCUCCUUCUGAGUCGAAGAAAAAGAGGAGAAAUGCAUUUCAUCGAAGAAAUCGGGUGCGAAGAAAAACAACAGAAAUUGAGAAGACACCAAAAGAUUCAGAAGAUUUUGAUGUCGAUGCAAUCCGAAAGUCUAGUUAUACAGCUGCUAUUGAGAUUAUUGAGAGAAGGAGGAAGAGGUAUUCUCACAAGAUUAUUAGUCAAUCACCUCUCAAGAAAAGGACUAAGUCGACAGAGAAAGUUUACAUACCUCAGACUCUUCCAAAAAUUAAAAAUAGAUGCUCUUCAAAGGGACCGUUGAGAGAUUUUAAGCUAUUCAAUAUCCAAAAACAAGACUCAGCCAAAAUUACAGAAAAGAUUAAUGAUUUCGAUAGCGAAAGAGGAAUAGAAUAUCUCGUCAGCAUGAUACCUAUGGAAAUAAGAAUUCUAUGCAAAGUCAUAUAUAAUACACUCAAGAAUAACAAAUAAGGACAUUGAGUUUAACAGUGAUAAUGAUUUCUUAGAGAUCCUAGGAAAUUUCUUAUAUUACAAUUGGUUAAUAUUCGUUCUUUUCAUUCAACCGCACAUCUACGGAUUACUCAGAAACAAUGAUAUCCAUGCUCUCCUCAAAGCAAUGACGCAUAGAAUAAAAGGAAAUCCAAUCUUACUCCCAGAAUUAUUCAAUGAAAUGCCAAAUUUCCCAUAUAACAUACAAGAAGAAGAUUUAGGUUUCAGGUUCAUAAAAAGCAUCAUAAAUAUCAACAUUCCAAUCGAUGAAAAUGAUCCUGAAGACAAUCAGAGCUUACCAGUCUCGAUCAACUUGGUGUCUGAAAGUGUUCUUUACAAACUAAAAAGGACUCUAGACCAAGCUUAUGCCUUAAGUCAAGAAGAGUCUAAAGAGGAAGAGAAAAUGAGUUUUAAACUAUCUCUCUCCCUCAAAAACUCGAUCACCGGUUUACAAUAUUUCGAAAAACAAGACAGCUUCUACUCAAGAUACCUCGCCAAGCAAUCCCUCCUCACCCGUAACAGCCACUCCGAUACCGAAGAAGACCUCGAAGAAGUCCUCUCCCAAGAAAUGCGCUUAACCGUCUACAAAUCAAAAAGUAAAAAACAGUACAAAGUCUCUAAAUAAGCUGGUAUCAAAAAUAGAAGAUUCUAGUCCUUACUCCAGUUACCUAGAAGCCUUUGACUCAUCAAGUGAUUACCAGAGAGUAAUGACUGCCAUCAGUGACAAUUAUGUGUUAUUGGUCAAGGAGAUUGCAGGAAAAGAGGAGAUUGGAGUCAAGAAGAUUGUCAAUCAAGUCGCCAGAAGGAUUAAGGUGUUGGCGAAACAGGACCAGACGGAGGAGGUACAGAAGGAGAUGAGGAAGUAUACGCUUCAGAAGUUGUUGGUUCAGAUCUUGCUUGAUGGACCAGAUUUGAGGUUUUUGCCAUUCUGAGAGCCAGAGCACACUCAAAAUCAACUAGGAACGCCAAACUCUAAUAAACAAGAGAACCUCAGCGAGAUCUUAAACUUCAUAAUCCGAAAAUGCACCUCUAAAGACCAAGAAACAACAAUGCUGACACUAAUCUCAAUCCUAAAAUCCCUCCUCACACCCACUACCAAGACUACACCUCUAAAACCCCUGCUCCAAGAAAUACACGAACAGAACCUGACCACAAUGCAAAAAGACGAUGCCCUCCUCUACAAAAUCAAUGACCUACAAGGCUACUGCAGAAAAGGCAUCUUCGAGGCCAGCAUCCAAGACAUUGAGUCUACAAAACAAAAUUGGAAAAGAAUAGAGUUCUUUAAGGAACUAGAAGUCAAUAUCUGCAUUGAGUACUGGGUCAAGUAUAGAGGCAGACAUCACGGAUCCCCAUCCAUGAUUAAGAUCAAAGAGAGCAGUGAGUGAAGUAUAUGACAGAAGAAAGAACAUGAGGAGUCGAUGAAGGGUGGGAAAGGCUCUAAGUUUGGAUUUACUAACCUCUUUUGGUCCUUGAGUCCUACUAGAAAAGAAGAGAGUAAAUUAGACACAGAAGAUACAGAUGAAGAUUCUUUCAAACAAACUCACCAUAAACACUUCAGAUGAUAUUCUAUCGAUGAAUUCUUCAGAAUAUUUAGAACUCUUCCCAUCUACGAAUCCCUGGGGUGCACAGAGGAACUUCAAACAAGCUACUCAGAUUUUCUAAAUAUCAUAAAAUCCUUAAUAAAAUCCAACUCAGAUUUAGACUUAGAGCCAAACCUCAAAGCUAUCAAUGAAUAUUGGGUGCAUAAAUACUUAAAAUUCAGUGACAUAGAAGAAGAGUUCCCAGGUGAAGAUGAUGUUAAGUUCAAUGCAAAACUCCAAGAACUUCGUCUGACUGGCUACUCGAGCAAGCUAGAAGUUCCCUGCUUUAAGAAGGAAUGAGACUUAUUUACCAAAAGCUGAUGGGCUAACCAAUUUAAAGAAUGAAUCUCAGCAAUUGAAAGCCUGCAUUCCCUCAAUGCUCCAACUAAAAAGCUAGACAGGUUCCUUAAAAUUCUGGAUAGUAUUAGCAAGAGCUUUGUGUUUCUCACAAAUAAGACAGAUGACCAAGCCUCAGUUGAUGACAUUUUACACCUCCUUUGUUACAUCAUCUUAAGCAGUAAUGCUACAAAUCUCAUAUGUGAUCUCAGAUACAUCCAAACAUUCUAUUACUUCACAGAAGACCAGAAGUAUGGCAAGACCUCUUUCUGCCUUAAAAACCUUGAAAUUGCUAUUGAGUACUUAAAGACAGCCGGGAUAGAGAAAGACGAUGAUGAUUUUGAGCUAAAGGAAGAAUAAUUUGGCUUCCUCAUAAGCAAGAUUAAG